GCGGCCCAGGCCACCCCCGCCCCCCAGUACCCCCAGUACACCCGGGAGGAAGUGGGGCGACACCGCUCCCCCCGGGACCGCGUCUGGGUGACCCACGGCACCGAGGUCUUCGACGUCACCGAUUUCGUGGAGCUGCACCCCGGGGGGGCCGAAAAGCUGAUGAUGGCGGCCGGGGGGGCCCUGGAACCCUUUUGGGCCCUUUACGCCGUCCACAACCAACCCCACGUCCUGGAGCUGCUGCGGGAGUACAAAGUGGGGGAGCUGAGCCCCGAGGAGGGGGCGCCGACCCCCCCCGACUCCCAGGACCCCUUCGCCGGGGACCCCCCCCGGCACCCGGGGCUGCGCGUCAACAGCCAGAAGCCCUUCAACGCCGAACCCCCGGCCGAGCUGCUGGGCGAGCGCUUCCUGACCCCCAACGAGCUCUUCUUCACCCGUAACCACCUCCCGGUGCCGGCGGUGGAUCCCGGUACCUACCGGUUACGGGUGGAAGGGCCGGGGGGUCGUGGGGGGAUCUCGCUGUCGUUGGCCGAGCUGCGCAGCCGUUUCCCCAAACACGAGGUGACGGCCACGCUGCAGUGCGCCGGCAACCGCCGCACCGAGAUGAGCAGCGUCCGCCCCGUCAAAGGGCUCUCCUGGGACAUCGGGGCCAUCGGGACGGCGCGGUGGGGGGGCGUCCGGCUGCGGGACGUGCUGCUGGCCGCCGGCUUCGAGCCCGAGCGGGAGGGCGAGUGGCACGUCUGCUUCGAAGGGCUGGACGCCGACGCCGGGGGGGCUCCUUACGGGGCUUCCAUCCCGUACGGCCGCGCCGUCAGCCCGGCGGCCGACGUCCUGCUGGCCUACGAGAUGAACGGGCAGGAGCUGCCCCGCGACCACGGCUUCCCCCUGCGGGUGGUGGUGCCGGGGGUGGUGGGCGCCCGUAGCGUCAAGUGGUUGGCCCGGGUGGCCGUCAGCCCGGAGGAGAGCCCCAGCCAUUGGCAACGCAACGACUACAAGGGCUUCUCCCCCUGCGUGGAUUGGGACACGGUGGAUUUCUCAACGGCCCCCGCCAUCCAGGAGCUACCGGUGCAGUCGGCCAUCACCCAACCGCGGCCGGGAGCGGCGGUACCGGCCGGGGAGCUGACGGUGAAAGGCUACGCCUGGAGCGGGGGC